GAAAAGCGAUUGAUAGAGAACGAAAUUCCAAACAAAGCUACUCUUACAAGAGCUUGUUGCAAAUGGCAUUUUUGACAACUCAAGAAUAUACAAAUAAUUUAAAUGUGUAUUUUAUAUAAAUCUUUGAGUAACUGUGGGCAGGCUAUUUAUUUUGAUGAAAUUCUUAAUGUUUAUAGUAUUAUCUUAUGUACUUAUACGUACUGAUCUACGAAUAGGUUAUGUUUCCAACUUUCAUUAGUAUCCUAGAUAUACAAUCAUGGUGGGAGGUACCAAGCAUCGCUCACUUUUGUUCGCUAUUUCGUACUGCUUUUAAUCUUUUAGAUUUUGAUAUUGAGGAUUUAGAAGAAGCUCUUCUUACAGACGGAACAGAGGAAUCUUCUUGGCUUCAAGAUUUGAUAGUAAGGCUGCUAAGUGGUUGUCUACCCAACAAUGAAAUCUCUACAUUUAAUUAUCAGAUGUUUUUAAGACGACUGUUUCGACAAAAAUGCCAGGAACACGAUCGUUAUAACCCAUUCAACACAGAUAUUGACUUUCAGUUAUUACCUCUUAGAACUAAAGUUGAUAUCCUACAUGCCCUGUGUGAUUUUCGUUUAGAUGCCGACGAUGUGUUAGAUCAAUUGAAAAAUUUGGAAGCCGACAGUCUUAGAGUUGAACCUUUAGGUUUUGACAGUAAUGAUUCUGCAUAUUGGUAUUUUUAUGGAACUAGAUUGUAUAGAGAGGACUAUACAACUAAAAAUAAUAAGAAAAAAGCCAUUUGGCAGGUUAUUUGUUUUACAGAAGAAGACUGGUUUCAACUGACAAAAAAAUUGAAGAAGUCUGCUAAUAAAGCGGAAAGGCAACUGCAUCAUACGUUAAAUGAAAAUUUUCUGCCCGAGUUACCAAGGUUGUUCAAAGAGAAAGAGAACCUUGCAAGGAAGAGGUUAUUAGAAAAUUUACCAAGAAGAUCUUCCAGCAGGCUAAAGAAAUUGGAGAUUGAAACUGAAAAAGGGGUUCUAGAAAAAGAAACUCAACGAGAAGAUCAAUUGAAGAUUGAACAAAAGCUGCAAGAGGAAGAGGAAAAAAAGAAAAAGAAAGAAUUGGAGAAUAGGAGACAAGAAGCUUAUGAAAGGAGGAAUAAGUUGAAGGAAGAAAGGUGUGAGAAUGAAAAUUUAAGAGAGUCCGGUGACGAAAUGGCUGGCACUAGGAGUAAGAAGUCUAAAAAUAGAGAAAAAAAUAUAGUGAAAGAAGAAGAAACAUCCGUUAAAGAUGUAAAAUCUAACAAGAAACGUGACAAACAGAACGAGGAAGAAACAAAAAUUCAUCCUUCAAAACCGACAACCGUGGGCCGUCAAACUAACAACUCCCUUUCAGCAGCUACAGGACAAAUUCUCAUCCAACCUGUGAGAAAUACAAGCAAGAAAAAAUUGAAAACGUCCCAAAUAUAUCGUCAAACAGAUGAAGAUUUACAAACAGGAAUGCACAAAAUUUUGGAUUUUGUAAAAAAUCAUGAAGAUGCGUGGCCUUUCACUGACCCCGUAGAAGAAGAAUAUGCUCCCAACUAUUAUUCAAUUAUAAGAAAACCAAUGGAUCUACAAAGGAUGGAAGAAAGAUUGGAAUCAGGAUAUUACAAGUCAUUCGAUAAAUUCCGUGGAGAUUUUCAAUUAAUAGUGGAUAAUUGCAAACUGUAUAAUGGAGCUGAAAACGAAUAUACUGAAAUGGUUGAUAAUCUUCUUCACGUCUUUGAAAAGGCAACUGAAAAAUACUUGGAUCAAAUAUCUUCAUCAGAUGAUGAAAUCGCCAUUGAAUUUUCCAAUGAAGACAAAAAGAUCAAAAAUAAAAAAAUGGAAGUAGAACAAACUUCGGCGUCUCGAAGGAAACCCAUGUUGGUUGCACAAACUGACAGAAAAAGAGUGAGAUCAGAUUCUGAGGAUUCUUUAACAAGUUUAAGAAGCCGUUCUUAUGAUUCACCUUAUCGAGAAGUUAAUACGAGAUUAGCGAAACACAGAAAAAUAGAACCCGUUGAAGAAAUACCUGAAAAGCCCAACAAAACUUCCAAGAUCAAGAAAGAUAAAGAAGAUACAAAAUUGAAGAAAGAAAAAGAUGAUUGUAAAAUCAAGGAGGAAAAUGAAGAAUUGAAGAUAAAGAAUAAGGAUAAAGAAUAUCCGAAAAUAAAAAAAGAUAAGGAAGAUUCUAAAAAAAUAAAGGUGCACGAUAAGAAAAGUAAGACUGAUAUAACCAAGAAAGAAAAAUCAAUUUCUAAAAAAGCGAUGAAAAACAAAUUGAAAAAAUCCAGUAAAAAAGAUAAAAAGAAAAAGGUGAAAACAAAUGUGGUUAGUAGGAGUCCAAGUUUAAGCCCUCCACGUAGUGACAGCCCGCCUCCUUCUAGCCCGGACAGUAGGUUUGAAUAUUUACCAAAGACUGCAACAAAGAAAAUUUACCAAGACGCUCUUUCUGAUAUAGAAAACUCAAUGCAGGAAGGUAAGCGGUCUCAUUUUAACGAACUAUUCCAAGUUCCGGAAGGCUUAGAUUACCAUUUUGAUAAGAAAAUCAAAGAAGAUUCCAUUUCACUUUCUCCUAAACCGAAAGACAAACAUAACAAAUUGAGAGAAACCAUAGAAAAAUUGAAAGCGAAAAGCGAGAUCAAAUUAAAAAACGAAUUCGAAUUCGAACUGGAUCAUCCGAAAGAGAACAAAGAUAAAUUUAAAAAAAUCGAAAAGGAAGAUAAAUUAAAAAAUAAAAUCAAAGAGAAACCGCCUAAAUCAUUCAAAGAAUUCGAUUUUGAAUUCGAAGAAGGUAACAAUACCGCGGACAGCAUACAUUCUGACGGUUUAAAAAGAAAACGGUCCGUCUCAACAAGUAGUUCUAACGUUUUUAAUAAACCGCCUUCUUCUAACAUGGACGCUCUAAGUAUAGCCACCGAACAAACUCUAAAAGAUAUAAAUAAAUGGUUGGACGAUACGCCGAAAUUUGCCGAAUUCAGUUCGGCGAGCAAUUCCCCAACAUACACCGGUUUAGACGAAAUAGAUCCCAUAACGGCCAAAUUAGAUCAAAUCCCCGAUAAAAAAGAAAAGCCGACCCUAACAGUAAAGAAAGAAGUAAACAAGGACGUUAAAAAGAAACCGUUCCGAGAUCCUUCGAAAUUUUUCAAAAGAAGAGAAAUACAAAGAACCAUCGAUCGUUUGCAACCGGGUAAAAGUAAAGGUAACCUCAUUACCAACGUACAAAGUACCAAUAAAACCGACGAAAUAUUUCCUCUCGGUCCCCUUUCUAAAUUAAAAGACACCAAAAAUUCCUUGAUAGUCAAAACGAAUACAAACGCGCCUAAACUCAGCUUAGGAACAGUAUUAGACAGUUUCGGUAAACACAAAUUCGUCGACGAUCAAAAAAAAGAAGAAGAACCGACGGAGGAAGCGCAAAAAGAAGAAAACCCCAUCGAUAAAGACGUAAAAACAGAUACCGAUAAUAUAAUCGAUAAAAAAUCUGAAGAAGAUCCAGCGAUUAAACCUCACGAUAUACCUUCCAAUACAGACGACGGUGGAGGCGGUGGCGCAACCCCAAAUCUUAGCGCUUGGUUCAAAGCUUUCGGUGCGCCGAAAAUACAACCGGCGCCUAAAAAGAACGAAUCCAAAACCGAAGAAAAAGAAGAUAAAAUCGAUUCGAAGAAAAUAAUCGCGCCUCUAGCAUCCCCGAACACGGACGUUCACGUCCAACCAAUAACAAGACAAAGAAGAAUCAGUACCGGAAGUAGUAUAUCGGAACGAUCGAGUUUUAGUCAGGAUAUGGAUUCUCCUCGAGUCGGAAUGGAUGAAAGAGGAGCCUACCCGGCACCGUAUCCUUCACCGUUACACAGAUCCCCAUCGGGAGCUUCGCCAAUAAUGGCGUCUCCUCGUCCCGAUAUAUCCCCGAAAACCGCUUAUUCCACUAUAAACGGACAGAUCAGAGUAGGAUUUUAUCAGGAUACUGUAUCGAAUAAGAGCAGCCCGGAUAAAUCGUGUAGUCCUAAAGAAAAUUCUCAAUCGCCUUAUCCUCAUUAUUCCGAGCACGUUUAUACGCCGAAUACCACUGAAAAUACGUAUUAUUCGUACGCAAAUUCCCCUUAUUACACACACGUACCAAAUUAUUCCAGUACAAACCCCACGCCACCCUACAACGCCGAAGGUAAUUAUUCUUAUUACGAUAAUAACAAAUCUCAAAAUUACACCGCCAAUUCGCCGGCCAGCAAUCAAUCUUCCCCACAUCCCCAUCAAUCGCCGAAUAUGAAUGCGGAUAGAUCACCGGGGGUACAUUCGCCGGUUUACUCCCCUCAUUCGCCGACUAUCUUACCCCAGCAUUCCCCUAACGUACACCCCCAACAAUCCCCCGUGGUUCAUCCGCAACAUUCGCCCGGUAUUCACCAACAACAUUCGCCCGGCGCUCGUACUCAACGACCCCCCAGCGCGCUUUCGGCGAAUUCGCCCGACGUAGAAAAUUAUCCGAAUCAAGACGAACAAAAAACCGUGUUUCCAGUGAAGAAGAGGGCGUACAACGAAAGCGAAAUACCCCAAAUAAGUAAUCAAAAAUUCGAAAUCGAUCCGAGGUUGACGCAACAAAUAGAAAUGAAGAAAAAUUUGGAAAAUCAUCAGACGAAAGAAAAAAUCGAAGUUACUACUAAAGGGUACGUGCACCAAAAUAUACCGGAUCCAAAAAGUUUGAAUAUACCGACCGCCGAAGAAUUUUUCAAUAACAAAAUCUCUUCGCAAACGUCGUCGUCGAGUUUCAAUUAUAAUUCCGAAACGAAUUAUCAAUUGAAUAUACCGAGUAGAGACGUGGGGCAACAGAACAAAAUCGAUAUGUCGAAAUAUACUAAUAUGGGAUAUACAGGACCGGAUGUCAAUACUAGAUUACAACAACUCAAUUUUCCUACUACUUCCAUACCGUCGACUUUGUCCCAAAAACGAACGUCUUCUCCUAUGACCACUUCCGGCGUCAACGCCAAUGAGGUAUCCAUGAGGUACGGGAACCCGAAUUUGGCGUUACAACAAAUUGGUUACAAAGCUGUAGAUGCCGCCAAUGUGCAACAGUCUCGUAACAACUAUGACACUUCCGAUCAGUCUAAUUCCAGGGCCGAAACAAUCAACGAUAGACUGUCCCAAAUGCAAGCUGUAUCCAGUGCCAGCAUGUCUCGCUCCAACUAUAACACAUCUUCAGUAGACGUCGGUAGAACUAUGGCUAAUCUAUCCCAUAUUGUCGAUAGAUUCAGUAAUGACGAUAGGAUGAUGGUAGGUUUACAAAACACAUCGUCGUUCUAUAGCGACAAACCAUUAGGCACGUCCCAUAUCUUGAAUAAACCCAUAUCAAAUAACGCGUCCGCUUUACCGAUAUUCAGUCAAGCGAAUAUGGCGGCUAUUCAGUCUUAUAACCAGAAUUUACAAGCAACGACGUCCUCUUUAUAUAAUAGACAGAUGACUGAUUUGCAGAAUUCGGGAGUUAUGCAGAGCGAAAUGAAGAAUAGCCAACAACAGAUGCAAAUACAAGAGAAAAAAUCGAAGAAAAGAAAAACCAGCAAAAAUGUGGCAACCAGUUCAUCUGAAUCGCAUCAACAAACCUCCACCAAUCAGGGCUUCCAAUCAUACGCCGGUUUGAAGGGGAACGCGUCUCUCGAACCCAGUGCAAUAUCUUUGAAAACGUCCAGUGUAGUGCCGGGCAGUGCUUUCAACUUCGGUCCUACCCCGACGGGUUUGGGUAUCGGUUCCGGUUUAUACGCCGACAAAGACGCCUAUCCGAAUUUCCUCGAAGAGUUCCGAUCGGCGCCGAAUUACUACAUGGCGGCCGCGGCGGCGGCUCAUCAUCGAUCGACGCCAGAAAACGCGGACAAACAAACUCGACCGGCGCAUCAGAAUUCGAAUCCACAAAGUUAUCCGUUUUUGGGAGCGCCGCAGGCCCGAUCUACUUAUCCUAUAGCGGGACCGUUCUUACCUAACGCGCAGGCUCAACUGAUGGAUACCAGUUCGCCUUUGUAUCAGCAUUACCUGCAGGCGGGUGUGUUGAAUCAAGGGUUGUUACCGCCUCCUGGGGCGUAUCCGCCCGGUUAUCAUCCUGCAUUGAGUAUGAGACAACCCUACGAUUCUAUGAAUAGACCGCCUUGGUUAUAGAUCCCGUUUUAGGUUAUUAGAUCUACCAAAGAUGCGUAUGUGUGUGUGUGUGUGUGAGUGAGUGUAUAUAGGAUACAUUAAUCUGUGUAUAUAUUUAGAUGACGGACUUUGGUAUUCGGAGUUGGAAUAUUUGAAGAAUCAAAGUAAUCCAUUUCGAAUUAUAUUUUGGUACAAACAUAUUCAUUUGUGCCAUUUUAUUUCAAAAUGAUUUAUUUAUAGAACCAAGGUUGUUCGAGAGAGGUGAUUUGUCAAUUUAUCUAAAAUUUGGGCUCCUUCAGGUUCCUGUAAAAAUAUUCGAGAUGCAUCCCUAUUACGGCCCUGUACUUUUUCAAUUUCUCUCCGUUUUCCGUAGUCUCCGAGUUUUUCUUCAAUAUAUCCAACUAGUCUAUCUCUUUGAGCUGCUCUGAAUUUAAUAAGUUGCGUUUAGGGAGUGUUAUUGGUCUAUAACUGUCGCACGGUUUAGGGUCUUUCUUUUCCAAAAUUGGAAUCAUCAGUCCCAUAUUGUAGUCUCUGGGUAUAUCGUUGUUUUCCCUUAUUUCCUAGAUUUUUGGUAUUAAAUUUUCUCCUCCAUCCAACUAAUGCAAAUAAUGGGUUAAAUUGGGUUAAAAGGAUUCGUCUUUUUUUUUAAAAAAAAAGUUUCUAUUAUAAAAAUAAUUAUUUUCAAUCAGAAAAUGAGAAUUUAGAGCCUCCUCAAUAUGUAUAUGUGUCUUGUAGACUGCAACAUUCAGGAUUUAUUGUACCCCUUUGCUAGAUACAACACUGGGAGAUGUUUCUAGAUACAGAUACAAUGAAAAAGUGUUUAUCCGUCCCCCUACUACAAGUAUGUCUGCUAUUUUUUCAUUUCCUUCCAUUCCAGUAUGUCCCGGAACCCAUUUAUUAUCUACCUUCACUUCUAAGGCUAUCUCUAUUGUCCUGUAUCCGAUUUAACAAAAGGUUUCAGAUACAAUAAAGGAUUUAUCCAUUCUCCUACUACAAGUCUGUCUGCUAUUUUUUCAUUUCCUUCCAUUCCAGUAUGUCCCGGAACCCAUUGGAAGUUAACUUUAUUUUUUAUUUAACUUGUUUGGAGCAUCUCUGAUGUUGCUUUUAUUGUUUUGUAUGGGGAGAAAGGGAAAGGAUACAAACUUUCUGCUUAUUCAAAAAAAUGAUAUUUAUCCAUCUAUUUGAUUUGAAUCAUCCUGUAAAGAGAAUUUUUCCAUUUUUCAAAAUUAAUUUCACAAAAGUCAAGCUUCGUUUAACAUUUUUUGUGAGGUGUGAAUAACUUUCUGCUGUUGCUGUCUUUCAUAAAAUCAAUUUUGGAUUUUUUAAACUCUCAAACAGAUCAUGUAUUUUUAAUGGGUGUAAAAUUUUAUUGGGAACUCUCUUGGGCAUCCCUUUCAGUAGAUAAAUUAUUUUUAUUGAAUAUUUACUUUGAUUCUGAUUAUAAAAUAUUAUUUUUCACCGUAAUAAAUCAAGUAUUGAAUUUUAUCUAAUUAAUGAUUCUAAUUUGCAGGAUUACAGGAUUAAUUCAUGUUAAAAAUCGAUCCUUUAACAUUUUAUUAACAUUUUUUUUAAAUUGAUACCAUUCGUAACCAAAAUUAUUAAAAAAAACAUAAUGUUACACCCGGU